AUGACGACAUCGGCACCGCAGGCGAAGCGCGCGAUCGUCAAGCGCCAGCAGAUCAGUGCCGGUGGAAGCGCUUCAGCGGCUGCCGUCGUCGACUUGAACAGCCUUGUACCAUCGGCUACGCCUUUGGGAGGGCCGGGCCCCGAUAACUGUGACGCCUCCACGCCACUGAAUUUGAUUGAUGGUGUGCUCGCCGGCGUUGACUUUGUGCUCGACAAGAUUCUGGGUGCCAACGUGGCGCUAUUGGGCAGCGUUGGAGACACCGCCGAGGCGACAACCAACAUUACCUUCAGUAUCAACGACGGCAUCCUGCAAUGGAACUCCCCCGACAAUGGCGCCGCCAGCUUCUUCAAUUGUGCUGGGCAGGUGUACGCUGGGUUCCCUGACGUGGACCUGGAAGGAUGUAUUCCGAUCACGAUCGGUGCCAUUGCUGGUGCCGUCUGCCAGGCGCGAGUACUUCUAUCAAGAGCCUUUGAUCCUACCUUCACGAACCCCGGCAUAUCUGACAGUGUUGCCUACGCUCUCGACGACUGGGCUCGCACUGCCGUCUCCGACUUUGAGCAGUAUCAGCCUUUCAUUGCCCGCCACGAGCCUCCCCAGUCUAUCGCUGCCAAGUGCGAGCCUGCCUAG